GCGGGGCCGCGGGCCGUGGCGUUGCCCGGUAACGGCCGCCCUGGGCAAUGGCGGCGGGGCCGCCACGCGAUUUGUGCCUGACGAUCUAAAGUCGUGGGAACAGCCGGAAAACCUGCUUAGGACUGUGUUGAAAAUGCUGGGAGAGAAAAAGCAAUUAAUGGUGAAAAGAGACCUUUACACUGACCCCACGUUUCCGGCCAGCGAUACGUCUAUAUUUUUUGAUUAUUGUACCCCGCUUGCCCAAUUCAGAGGCGAGAUAUCUUGGUUGAGACCUAAGGACAUUUGUUCUUCUCCUCGAUUAUUUUCAAACAACCUGCAGGAUGUGCAAGUGAAACAAGGAAUUUUGGGAGACUGUUGGUUCCUGUGUGCCUGUGUAGCUUUGCAGAAGAGUAAAUACCUGCUGAACAAGGUAAUCCCCCCAGGUCAGCCCAGCUGGACAGAUGAGUCCUACCAAGGCUGUUUCACCUGUCGGGUCUGGCAGUUUGGGCACUGGGUGGAAGUGACCAUCGACGAUCGCUUACCUUGCCUUGGGGGUAAACUCUGCUUUUCCCAGUGUCAGACAGAGGAUUUGUUUUGGCUUCCACUCUUGGAAAAAGCUUAUGCAAAAGUACAUGGAUCUUAUGAGCAGUUGUGGGCAGGACAGGUGGCUGAUGCUUUGGUUGAUCUGACUGGAGGAAUUGCUGAAAGAUGGACCCUAAAAGACCCUGGAAAAAACAUGGAGAAAGAGAAGACUGGCAUGGUUUUGGAGAAAGCAGUGUUUAGAAGAUUAAUGAAUCUGAAGGAACAGUGUGUAAUAAGCUGCUCAGUCCUCAAUUCCAGACAAGGUGCAAGUGAACUAGGAGAAUUUCACGCCUUUAUUGUGAUAGAUACAUUGAAUCUCUCUGAAGUGUCAGGCAAGGAGAUCUUCCUGCUACGAAUACGCAAUCCCUGGGGGAGGCGGUGCUGGAAAGGGCCCUGGUGUGAGGGCGGGCAAGGAUGGAGCCAGUUAGAUCCAGUAGUUGCUUCAGAACUGCUCUCACAGAUCCAAGAGGGAGAAUUCUGGGUUGAUGAAGAGGAAUUUUUCAGAGAAUUUGAUGAAAUUACCGUGGGCUUUCCAGUCAAUGAGGAAGGACAACUUCAGAGCCUCUAUACAGAGAAAGUGCUGUAUCACUCACAGAAUCUGUUUGGAUCCUGGGUGAGAGGCCAGUCUGCUGGUGGCUGCCGUAACAACAGCAGCUUCCCUACCAACCCCAAGUUCUGGUUGAGAGUCUGUGAAACGAGUGAGGUGUGCAUUGCUCUGCUGCAGAAACACAGGAAAUACAGCACUGACUGGGCUGGAAGGAUUCAAAAUCCAGCUCAUUUAGCAGAGGAAAAUCCAUCUUUGACUGAAGGCAUACACGGGAAGAACUACCAGGCUGUGGGAUUGCAUGUCUGGAAGGUGGAGAAGAAACGAUUUAACCUUCCAAAGACCCUCUCUGCUCCUCCAGUUGUAGGUACCGUCUGCCAUUCCUACGAUAGAGAAGUCCAUGUGUGCUGUGACCUCUCGCCUGGCUUUUAUCUUGUUGUUCCCAGCACUUUUCUGAAAGAUGCAGUAGGGAAUUUCCUGCUUCGUGUAUUUUCAACAGGGAGGAUCUCUCUCAGUGAGCUAAAGCCACCACCCACAGAUGCUGCCCUCUGCGAAGAACUCCCAGCUGGUGAAUGGGAGACAGUGCAGCUGCAUGGAUGCUGGAAAAAUGGGCAAAGUGCUGGAGGUAGCAGGAACUUCCCCUCCUUCCAUACCAAUCCCUGCUUUCCACUCUCCAUUCCUGCAGGACCAGGAAAAAGCAGUGUGAAGGUUACCCUCCGUCAGCACUGCCAGGAUAGCAAGUGUCGUCCGAUAGGUUUCCAUAUUUUCCAGGUGCCUAACAGCAGCUGGAAACCACAAACUACUUCUUUUCUGCACCUGGAGCCACUGGUGAGCUGUGUUCCUCACUGCUAUUCGCAGGAAGUGAGCCGACUUUGCAGGCUUCCUGCAGGACGCUACGUCAUCAUACCUUCUACGUACUUGCCCAAUACAGAAGGCAAUUUUACAGUGGUCAUAGCAACCAAAAUAGACAGGAAGCGCAUUCAGAGCCAGGAGACACUUGGACAAGUAUUGCAAGAGAUUUCCUUUACAACUGUGAUGAAAAGGUAACCUGGAAUUCUCCACUGUCAUUUCAAGAAACAUCGGAAAUCCAAGGGAUGCCUCACCUCUUGCUGUUCUUGGUUUUAAAUGAAAUAACAGGAAGAUGCCCUUAGCCCAACUGUUCUUCACUGGUACCAACCAUCAGGCCUACAAUGACUUCUUAGUAAAAAUACCUCCUUUAAUCAUGUACACUCUGAAUAUUUCUUCUUCCCCUGUUUUUAGAACGAGCUUUGUACAGCAAAUUAAAAUGUACCUCAGUUCUUCAGAAAUACAGGUGAAGAAUAUGUGCAUGUUUUAACCCAAGCUACAGUUUUGGAAAAAGCAUAUGGGCAAUGCCAGGUUGGAUGGAGCCCUGAGCAACCUGGUCUGGUGGAAGGUGCCCCUGGCCCGUGGCAGGGGGUUUGAACAAGAUGAUCUUGAAGGUCCCUUCCAAUUGCAACCGUUCUAUGAUUAGAAAACAAUAUUUUGUGGAAAAAAAGUUAUCAACCUGACAGAAUAAAUUCAGUGACUAAAGGAGUAAACAUGGAGAAAGAAAUGGAAUCUUGUUUUCAGGUAGGAUAUACCUCAAGAACCAUCAAAAUACACUGGAGUAAAGAAAGUCCAGGCUUGUAUCUGACACUGCCAGUCCUGCUGCUGAGCACUUUACCUGGGGCCCUUUAUGGAACCAUGCAAAUGGUGUGUGGAAAGGAGAAAUUUUUUUGGUGAAUUUUUCUUUAAUGAGCACCAGAAAGGAAAAAGAUAAGACUUGAAAACUUUUGAACUAUCCUGUCAGACUGCUUUUAUAAAUCUGUAAGAAUGUGUUUUAUGCAAGAUCUGCCGUCACUAUAAGAAAUAUCAAGUUUAAGAGAUUUUUCCUAAUUUAUUAUUGAAAGUAUUUCUUAUUCAAGCAGGAAUUUUUAAAUGUUAUAUUUUCCUCAAUAAAAAUAAAGUAAAAUGGCUUUUAUUAAAAAGGUGAAAAAUGUCAGUGAUGUUGAGUUUGCAUUUGUUCUGCGACACCAAACUUUACAGUGUGUUACAAACCUGGGGUUUUCACCAAAUGGAAGGGAAUAUGUUUGGAAAUAUUGAAAAUUGGAAAUAUCUGAGAGGAGAAUCAAGUCUUCCAUUAGUUUUAUGUCUGAGAAAUAUGUAAUACUCUACUUCUGCUUUUAACUAUAUCCUGCCAUAAUUUAUGCUGGCUCCUGUUGAACUUUGAAACUGAAAACUUUUAGGGUGCUUGCAGCUGAAUUUUAAAUGCUCAAAACCUUCUACAUCUGUUUAUGUGGAGAAAGAAGAGAAGAAAACACCCUGAGUAAUAAAUCACUACCGUGCUUUAA